UUGUUCACUUUAAAAAACGGGGAUUUAAUUUAGGAUAUCAUACGAUAGGUGUUACUUACGCGUUUUUAAUUAAAGUUAAAAUUAAAGAAAAAUGAUUUGUUGAAAUUCUCAAAUUCUACAUGUUCAACUUGAACAUUUCUCAUUCAGCUUGAACAGCUCAAGCUGAAUGAGAAAUGCCGGCAAGCUCCGCCAUGCGGCCAUCCAUGCCAGCAGAAGCACGUUGUUCGUCGUUCAUUCAUUCACUUCGCUCGCUCGUUCGGAAGAAGAUCCCACCAAAAUCAGCUCCAGGAUUUUUAUAUUUAAAUUUAAUUUGUACCUAAAUUAACUACAAGUACUGGAUAAGGACGAAGGCGGUUUGACAGGACAAUAUUGGUCAAAAUGCCACACAUCUGGGAGAGGCUCCACGCCAAGAAGUAUUUGGACGUUGACGUUGUAACGGAUUCCACCAAAGCGUGCAGGCAGAGCUUGUUCUAUGGUGAACCAACGGAAGACAAGAAGACAGCCAAAACGGCCUCACUAAUCCAGAUUGCAAAAUCCUGUUGCAAGGAAGAGAAGGCCUUCAUUCAUUUGCAAUUGUUUUGGCAUCUCCGAUAUCGAAGUGAAAUAGAGACAGUCCUUGAAAAUCCGGGCAACUUUGCGUACAUCGCACCAACCUAUGUCACUGAAGCGUUCGUUCCAAACGACACUUAUUGUACCGUCGUCAUCGAUGGAGAACUCAUGUAUCAUUUCCUGCAAAUGGUCCUUCACUUGUUUGACAUGAAAUUUGUUCAAGAUCUGACUGCAAUGGUGCUGGAAAAAUUUAUGCCAAAUGAAGAGCAGCAUGGAGUUUACCCAUUCGUUGUCUUCUUUCUGGGAAAAAUCUGUCGUCGUGAAUUAGAUAGGGAGGAAGUGGAAGGAGGCGACUUUUACUUGAAACAAUUCAUCACCGUUUUGGACGGAUUUGUGGGCCACGGCUUGAUAUCCAAAUAUGAAAAGUUAUGCUACUUAUUCCGAGUGGCUGGGGUCGUCGUUAUGAAAAAGGAAGAUUACUUGGCUAAUGGAACUGAUUUUUUGGAAUUACUGGAAGAAUGGAAUUUCGACUUGAGUAACAGGAUCGCCCAAGAGACACGGGUCUAUCUUACAGAAUUUUUUGAGGAUAAGCCAGCCUCAGAAGGAGUACGAGUCGAAAUCUUGAUAGCAAUCGAGAAAGCCAUUGUGAAGUUGGACGUAUCAGAAGACGAGAUCAAAGAAUGGGAAUCUAUUCCCAAGACACAUCGAAUUACUUGGUCCGGAUUCAUCGGAGUACAUGCCUUUCUCGCAAAAUCUGUUUUUGAAAAAUACUCUUCAACUUUUGACAUAUCCUUAAUCGAAAAUCUGGUCAAUUUAGUCUCCACAUGGUCUUUAAAGCGCCCAAAGUUGACCCUUUCGGAUUUUCUGGGGGAAACGAAGACUUUUCAAAACUUUAACACUGUGUUGAAGAGGUUUGGAGAAAAGGAUCGCGAUCGUAAAAUCCUCCUUGCUAUGUUUCCAGAAUUUUCAUACAAGGACGUGUACUGCGGUCAAACUGGAUUACGGAUUGCUGAGAAAUAUCUCGUCCCAGGUGGCGACUAUGACACCGUGUCCACCUACAUUCUGAACGCGUUGGACAAGGAGAAAAUGCCAGAAAGUUGUCUAGGGGUACCUUCCACGGUGAAACUUCUGAUUCAAAAGUUGCUGUGCGCAAAUGCAGAGAUGAAAGCGAGAAAGGAUGAGCUUGUCCCAAGAUUGUUCAAAGACGGUGCCAAUGCAGCCUUGAUUCUGUCAGACUACACUUAUCAUGUCAAUAAUGUGUGCUCUAAACUCGGGACCAUUGAGCGAGAAGUACGAGAUGCAGCUCAAAUAGCACAUAAUCGUGACCUUGUCUUCAGUACCUGUUUGGAGGACCCAGUGAACACAGUAAUCUCAAUGAUGGAGCACGCCUUCAAAUCCCAGCAUUUAAAAGUCUUGGUCUUUGCCAAACCAUUUUUACUGCUGCCAAGCAGCCAUCCAUCCGAAAACCCACCCAGUGUGCGAAACUUCUGCUUCAAUAAGAUUGUGGUCAACGCCGGUGGACAUGACCCCAUCCUGAUCUCUUUGGUUGAAUGCGUUUCUAAAUUAAUCUCAAACGAUAUAAUGGAUGCGAAUGAUGUUUACGAGAUUAUCAAACAGCAAGUCCGUACUUUGCUCCAGGCCAUGAUGCAUCUGCCCAAAAUUGGGAAACUUUUCCAAAUUAUCAACUCCAUUGCUAUCGCCUUGAUCGAAUUGAACAAGGAGGACCAGUACGUUCCUAAUAUUAAAGAAAUUCUGAGGUUGGUCUUGAACACGAAGAUGCUGACCUAUCAUGUCAUGCCUCCCUGCGCUGCAAAGGAAAUGCUGAACAUUCGCACUAUUUGUUCGUCCACGGCGGAAAGUAUCAUUGCCUCCAAAUUAGCGGGACCAGAUCCAUUCGACAAACUUUCUCAAUAUGUCACUGCUAAGGAUCCCGGCUAUAUUCUUAACCGUAAUUUGUUACAAAUCGGAUAUCUGUACGUGCGAGUGCCUCAAUUACAAGAUCAUAUUACCUCAAGCUUUCUUGGACAGAAUCCUGCCAUUAAUCCUCUUCAGCUCAAGCCGGAACUUGAAUUUGCCAACAUACAAAAUACCUUGUAUACUUGGGUUGCUGAUUCAGCCGUUGAAGAAUGGCCCACCCUCCUCCAAUUUUUAAUCGAAGUUCUUCCAAAGUCUCCAAUCUUUGAGCAUGACAUCGUCAACGUUUUCAACCGCUCGAUCCCCUUCGUUUGGCGAAAUUGCACGGAAGUCAAGAAUCAACACAUGUUUCGUCAAUAUUUGAAAUUUUAUAACAAAGCCGUCCAGCAGAUUUUGCUCCAAAAGGGAGACUUGUCACCCACUCGAGAAAAACAACUCGACAUCGUCGCCACUUUUGUCCUAGUGGUCGACUUGAUGUUUCAAAAUUGCCGGAAGCGCAAAACUCAACAAGAGAAACUGGCCGUGAGCACUUCCAUCCAACAAGUAAUGCUCGUCACCCUUGAAGUUCUGAAUGUCAUGAUGGGAAUGAACCCGACUUUUGAGAAGGACAUGAAGCCCAACGUUUUGGACCGCCUUUCCUUACUCCCAUUUGUGAAGGGGGCAUGUGAACCGAUUCGGAAAUGCAUGAUGGAACGUGUCUGCAAUUAUAAGGAUGCUAAAACGACGGCGAAAAAGGAUCCUGCUGCUGGAGAUCAAUAAAGUAAUACGUGAAGUAAAACGUUGACAACUCGGAUACCACACCUGAUCAACCACAAGACUGGACCGGACUACUAUUUGAUUCAACAAAUAGUAUUAAUUAAAUUUAUGAUUUUUCUUACCGUAAUGAGUAUUACACUAGUUAUAAACUAUUUCUAGUUCAAUCAAAAGACUGGUGACUAAAUAGUUUGUUAAUGCCGUAAUAAACCCAGGCCACAAUUCCAAGCGGCCACCUUGUUGAAGCCAUCGUUGAUGGUCUUCACAAUCGACGAAUCCUGUGAAUAGUUGGAUGUUGACGGCCUAAGGAUCCAGUUUCAGUUGAUUGUCGCGUCGUCCCUGAUUUGUCGCUGCUAGUGUUAUCCGUUUUUCCGACGGAACGACGGACUAUACUAGCAGCGACAAAUCUGGGGACGACGCGACAAUCAACUGAAACUGGAUCCUUCGGCCGUCAACAUCCAACUACUCCCAGGAGUCAUCGAUUGUGAGGACAAUCAACGAUGGCUUCAACAAGGUGGGAGAGGACCGCUUGGAAUUGUGGCCUGGUUUUAUUACGGCUAAUAAUUAUACAUUGUUUUAACAUUCUCAAUUCUUUUGACUUUUAAAUUUCAUAGGACAGCUAAUUUCUAUUCUCAAAUUUCAUGCAAUCAUCACCUUUCACGUAUUUUACAAUAAAAUAAAUUAGUACAUAA